AUGGUCAUCACCCUCAAGCAGGAGCUGAUCAUGAACAGCUUUAAGACCAUCGACGGCCGCGGUGCUGACGUUCACAUCGCCAACGGCGCCUGCAUCACGAUCCAGUUCGUGACCAACGUGAUCAUCCACGGCCUCCACAUCCACGACUGCAAGCGCACCGGCAACGCCAUGGUCCGCAGCUCGCCAUCCCACUAUGGGUGGCGAACCAUGGCCGAUGGAGACGCCAUCUCCAUCUUCGGCUCCAGCCACGUCUGGGUCGACCACAAUUCCCUCUCCAACUGCGCUGACGGCCUCGUGGACGCCAUCAUGGGCUCCACUGCCGUCACCAUCUCCAACAACUACUUUACCCACCACAACGAGGUUGGUAACCCCAUCUGCCUUCCUCGCUCAUUGAGAUCUCUAGUUUUUUCUCUCUCAGGCUGCUUGCUGAUCCGUGAUAACAAUCUCUGCGUGCUGCAGGUGAUGUUGCUGGGCCACAGCGACUCCUACGAGAAGGACAAGUCGAUGCAGGUUACCAUCGCCUUCAACCAUUUCGGCGAGGGCCUUAUCCAAAGAAUGCCCAGGUACUACUACUAACUCUUCUGGAUUCACUAGAGUCUUACCCUAAAAUACGAACGAACGAACGAAACUUUCUGCCUGCCUGCCUGACUGCCUGACUGACAUAUGGGCAUCGAAUCGAAAUGGGGGCGAUGCGCGUACAGAUGCAGACAUGGCUACUUCCACGUGGUGAACAACGACUACACUCACUGGGAGAUGUACGCCAUCGGCGGCAGCGCCAACCCGACCAUCAACAGCCAGGGCAACAGAUACCUCGCUCCGACGAACCCGUUCGCCAAGGAGGUAUGCGCACCCCUCUCGCUCCCCCCGGCGGCGCCGCCUCUCUCCUCUGCUCUAAAAACCCUCACCACCACCUCUUCUUUCUCUGCGCAGGUGACCAAGAGGGUCGACACGCCGUCGGCGGCAUGGAAGGGCUGGAACUGGCGGUCGGAGGGCGACCUCCUAUUGAACGGGGCCUACUUCACGCCCUCCGGAGCAGGCGCUUCCGGCAGCUACUCGAGGGCGUCCAGCCUCGGCGCCAAGUCCUCCGCCAUGGUGGGCUCCAUCACCUCGUCGGCGGGUGUCCUCGCCUGCCAGCGGAAUUCCCACUGCUAG